AAUUGGACAACACAAACAAAUUGCAAAAGACAAACAAAAGUAAGACACAAUCUGGAAAAUGAGUUUUCUAGCGGGAAGGUUAGCAGGAAAAGAAGCUGCUUAUUUCUUCCAAGAAUCCAAACAAGCCGUUACAAAAUUAGCUCAAAAGAACAAUCCAAUCUCCAAAACCAACGUUGUUGAUCAACGGCACGUCGUUCAAGAUAACGCCGACGUGCUUCCAGAGGUUCUACGACACUCUCUUCCUUCCAAACUAUUCAGAGACGAAACGGCGUCGUCAUCAUCAUUCUCUGCAUCCAAAUGGGUUCUUCAAUCUGAUCCCAAACUUCGAUCUUCUGUAUCUCCUGAUGCUAUCAAUCCUCUUCGCGCUUUCGUUUCUCUUCCACAAGUUACCUUUGGCGCUAGAAGGUGGGAAUUGCCUGAAGCAAAACAUGGGGUUUCAGCUUCUACUGCCAAUGAAUUGCGUCAGGAUCGGUAUGACGUCAAUGUUAACCCGGAAAAGUUGAAAGCAGCAUCUGAAGGGCUUGCAAAUCUUGGAAAGGCUUUUGCUAUUGCCACUGCAGUUGUAUUUGGUGGUGCUGCAAUGGUAAUUGGUAUGGUGGCCUCCAAGUUAGAGCUGCAUAAUAUGGGUGACCUCAAAACUAAAGGAAAGGAUGUUGUUGAGCCACAACUUGAGAAUAUCAAAAACUAUUUUGUUCCCAUGAAAGUAUGGGCUGAGAAUAUGUCAAGAAAGUGGCAUUUGGAAAGGGAAGAUGUCAAACAGAAGGCUAUUGUAAAAGAUCUAUCUAAAAUUUUGGGUUCUAAAUAAUCAUAAUGAGAUUUACAGUUUUACUUGUUUUCCAUUUUCAAUUUGCAUUGAAAAUAGUGGUAUGAUCGAUAUGUAGAUAAUAUGAAUGUAGUGUGCCUCUGGCUGUUGUUGUGGCUGUAGCUUAGAUGUUAAAGCUUGCUGUAGUAAAUAACAUAAUUGUUGUUUUGGUUAAUUCAACAAUUCCUUUGUUCUUUCAGACCUCCUGUAAGAUUUUGAAUACCACAAUUUGUUGCAAUAAGAUGGUACCUGACAAUGUGAGAUAAUACAGUUUAUGUGUAUUUAUGCAAGGCUACAGACCUACAGUGUUCCAUA